UGCUUUCAAUGAUGCGACCGCUCGACAGAAUGGAACCUCGUCCCGCAAUGACCUCUCACUUCGUGAGGUUUUCCGUUGUCCCAUCGUGGACGUGGAAGGACACAUGUGGCAGGCGUCGAACAGCUCGGGUUUCACUCCAUCGUAUCCACCAUGUGUAACCAAUGGUCUCAUGGCUGUCGUUGAACGGCGAUGUAUGCCGAGUUUUGGGCCCAGCGGUGCCCAGUGGGGUCCCUUCUGUGCUGCCGGCGUUUGCCAAUCGAGACUUAAUCGGUGCGAACCGCCUCCACCUGCAUGCCCACCAGGGUUUGUACUCCUAACGGCCAACAACACAGUGACUUAUUCGGGACUGUGCACGAUGGUAAUUUCAAAUGUCAGUUUUGAAGAGCGUACUUCCACGUGUCACCAUCAGCAUCCGUUUUCCAAACCUUGGAUUCCACUGGAAAGGGUUCCGUGGCUCAGUUCCACAAUCUGGCUUCCUUUUCAAAGACUGUGGCCACAUGGAUCAUUCUUACCGGCAAUUCGAAGUCUUCUGGUUACUGAUGACGGUCAAAGCACGGCCAACCUACGAAAUGAUCAGAAUUGCACAGUGAUGACCCAGAAAGGUCUGGUCUCCAGCUCUUCAUGUACGGCGAGACAUGGAGUGGCUUGCGUCACAACUCCUCUGCUCUCACCGACUGGAAGGGAAGCUUCACAGGUGUCGAUAGCAAGACAGAGAGUAUGUCAGCCUGAGCAUGAGAAUGGCACAACGGGCACCGAACGCUGUUUUACGCCCAUAUGCCCAAGUAACAGCUCGCGUAUCUCGUGGGCAGAAGCGUCGGCUCUGUGCACCAGGUCUGGUUCAACUCUAGCCAGCUUGACCUCGCCAAGAUACCUGGAUGCAGUGCUUCGUCUGAGCGGCUUUCAAGGAAGAUCGGACCGUGUCGCAGUGCAACUAGAAAGACACGACGGUCGAGUGACAUGGCAAGACUUCAGCAGUCUGGCCUACCCAGGCUUGUCCCCUUUUCUGUCUACGGAUGAGAGCCAUACGCAUGGCGUUUUAGACGUCCCACGUGGCCAGUAUGACUUCGUUAUGCCUGAUGAAAAGGCCGUGGGAUGCGCCUUGUGUGAGGAACAUGCUGUCGCUGAAGCAGCAGAGAUUGUGUUAUUUUAUGAUCAUUCAUUCGACAACAAAUCCAUUCUCGCGAACGUUACGAGUCUCCAGAAUUUUGUAGAAGACUGGGAUGAUGAUCUCAUAUGCAUGGUCUCUACCUCCGACGCGACGAAAGCUGAGCUGUUUCAGAACAGAAGAACUUCAUCAAAUGCACGCGAUAGAUUUGGAGUGGAAAGCUUCAACGUUAUCUCCGAUGGCCAUGGGCGAGUCUUUGUACAAAUAUUUCCUUCAGUAGAUUUUGGCUACCUCACAUGCGGACUGCUCAUCACCGAAUUGGGAGUACAGAUCACGUCUAACUCGCUUCUGUUAACCAAGCGAGAUGUAUUCGUGCAAGAAUAUGUUGUUGGAGUCCAGGAGACUGGAGGAAAUAUUUCGCAGUGCGAAGUUACCCUCGGUGGCUCCAUUUGUCCCUGCUUCAACUUGACGCAUACAAGCGAGAUACUUGUAGUUCCCGAAACUACAGAUCCCCAGAUUUUUCAACGAAGAAUGUACCUUCUCCGUGUAACAUCAUCCAGCAACGGGGAUGUUACAGCCCACUAUUACAUCACCCUAGAAGCGGUCAUCCUGAGACAUCCACCGUCCGGAAACGCCAGCCAGUCUAGAACUUCGAACCAAAAUGAACUUGAACAGGCUCACCGAGAUCUUAAUGGAACUAAAAUCCUUACGAGCGACUUUAAACCUAAGUACAUCAAGCCUGCACGCUGCUGCCCAGCAGAAAGGACACAGCACCCCGUGCCUCUCAGCUGGCCGAAGACAUGCGGAGGGACUGUCUCCGCCGAAGAGCAGUGUGUGGAUGGCUCCGGGCGACGGCCGCUGCGGCACUGCCAGGGUACUCCUCUGACGGGCGUCCAGUGGUCGUCUGUAGACUUCGGAGCCUCCAGCUGUGCCGCCGUAUCUGUCACCUCAAUGGACCUCUACCAGCUGUCUAAGGUCGACGUGACUACAGAUAACGUGGUGGCCACAGCGGACGAGCUGCAACGGCUGACAGUCGAGCCGGCCUCCCUGGAUGCUGGAGAUGUGGUCUCGGCUGCUGACGUAUUGGAAAACAUCAUCGCCAGUGUGCAGAGGAGCAGUCAGGGUGGGAAUCGGCCCAUACCACCGGAAGAUGCGCUGUCUGUACGCAGGAAAGUUGUUGAAGCUGCCAGUCAGCUGAUGAAUGUGGACCAGUCAGUACUCAAGACCUCUUCACUGGUACCUGGAAAAGGUUCCCGCAUUAUCAACGCGCUUGAGGGCAUUCUGGAAACUCCAGUGGAAGGCGAUUACAAUAUAGACACGGAAAAUAUAGCAGUUCGCUCGGGGGACAUCGUUGGCAUCGCAUCAUCCUCAAACGAGAUAACGAGCCUCAGUGAAAAAAAGGUAGCCCAAGUCGAUGACAUGUCUCGCUUAUCCUCAUCUGGUAUGGAGUCAUCGAUCCUGUUAGAAAACAAGAGGCCUAACAUUUCCGUUGCCUUUGUCGUCUACCGUAAUGGUCGGCUGUUUCAGUCCCCCGGCCAACGUGUCACGAGUCAGGUAGUGUCGGCCAUAAUUCCUGGCGCAACGAGCAAGGAGCGAGUCUUUGGAAAUGUUUUGACAAUGUUUCGUAGUCUGCCAGGACAGUGUGCGCCUGCGCCAACAUGCGCCUUUUGGGUUUCUGCUGAGUCUCGCUGGUCCACUACGGGUUGCUGGCUGGUGAAGGUUCAAGACGGUAGUGACUUUUGCCGUUGCAACCAUCUGACUAACUUCGCCAGGAUCUUCAACUACGAACGGGACGAGUAUCUUAGUGAUAGCUACCACUACGCUCUAGAUAUUGUCACUUACAUCGGUAGCUGCCUUUCGCUUCUUGGACUCGUCUUUACCAUGCUGACAUUUGUGUUGUUCAAGAAAUGGAGGAAGCUGCGUAGUAGUCAGAUCGUUAUGCACAUGAGUGUUGCUCUGACAGGGGUCUACGUGACCUUUCUGGGAGGUCUGGGAGCGAAGGAACAUCACGACGCCUGCGUUUGUAUGUCGGCGCUGCUUCAUUUCUUCUUAUUAGCAACGUUCGGGUGGAUGUGUGUGGAGGCUGUGUUUCAGUACCUGCGCUUCGUGAAAGUUGUGGGCACGUACAUUCCCAGGUUCAUGCAUAAGGCAAGCGGACUGGUCUGGGGCGGAAGUCUUGUGCCGGUCGUCUGCGUGCUCGCUUUUCGCCCUCACUGCUACGACAGCCAAGAACACGUCUGCUGGAUGGACUUCCAGAGUUUCCGCUACGCCUUGGCACUGCCGAUGCUCGCUAUGGUGGCGUUUAAUGCCGUUCUGUUCGGCCGUAUCGUGCACGCUCUGAACUGCGGCCGCGAGAGGAGGCUGCGCACCAACCAGUCGGAGCAGCAGCUGGCGCGGCGCCGUCUGCGCGUCUCACUGGUCACCCUGGUGAUGCUCGGACUAGCAUGGAUCUUUGGCUUCCUGGCCGUACGGGAAGGUCGUCUGGUGUUCGCCCUCCUCUUCUGCAUCUGCAGCACGCUUCAAGGUUUUUCCGUGUUCCUUCUGAUGGUGGUUGGCAAGGGCGGGGUGUGGACUCUGUGGCACGCCCUGCUCAAGAACCGCUGUUGUCGGGCAAUCAAGAGAAGCGUCACCUCAGCGAGCACCAUGUCUACGGGCGCCACUCCGGCCAGUGGUACCAGUGAGCCACUGAUGUCUGGCGGAGGUCAGUGCGACACCAGGCUCUAAUGUACUGGCCGCGCCAGUGAAGCUGAUGUCAUGUAAAGCUGAGUGUAGCACUGAGCUCCGAUGUUACGCUAAGACAUUGCGGACUGUCUUGCCAGCUGUGGAGUGUACCGAUGGCGGAACUAGUUACGCUGUAAGUGGGAAAGACGGGUGUCUUACCACAUGCUUGGCUUGCCAGAAUUAUAGUGUUGCUGUGCAUUAAGUUAAAAGUAACGCAUAGUACUGGAACAGAGCCAGUGUCACAUUAUUUACCCAAACACUAACACCGCAGUAUGGGUUAGAGUGUAAAGUUCUUACUUAACCUUCGCCCCAGUGGGGGGGGGGGGCAUAUGUUACCACCCUGUCGCGUUUUUUGCGUGUGAAUAAAAAACCGCGGCGCGGCGCUUGGAUA